CCGUUUUCUCGACAGCCAUACUCUCAUGGUCGCAUAGACCCAAAAACACACAAUGCCGACUCUCAGCGACUUCUUCUAUACCCAAUUCCUUCUCCGGAUCCCCCAGCCUUCCGCCUCCUUCACUAACAAGACCGUCAUCGUAACCGGCGCCAAUGGAGGCCUAGGUCAGGAGACUGUGAAGCACCUCAUUCGUCUUGGAACCGAGAAGGUCAUCUUCGCGUGCCGCAGUCGAUCCCGAGGCGAGCAGGCCAAACGUGAGAUCGAGGCCCAGCUGAACUGUAAGACCAACCUCAUCGACAUCCGAGAACUCGACCUCGAGUCCCCGGUCUCGAUCAAGCGAUUUGCAGAAUGGGCUGCUCGCUCACUCCCGCGCGUCGACGUCCUGAUCAACAACGCCGGGAUCCACGCCAACAGGUUCAAAACUGUCUACGACACCGAGCGCACCCUGGCCGUCAACAAUAUCGGCACCUUCCUGCUGACGGUACAGAUGAUCCCGAAAAUGAAGGCGACAGCUCGGACCUACGGCACCACGCCGGUGAUCACCUUCGUCGCCUCCGCGCUCUACGAUAUCGCUGAGUACCCCGAGCAGCACGGGGAGGAUAUCUUCACCUGGUUUCGGGAGGAAUCCCACGUGGAUUUCAUGAACCAGUACAAUCUUUCCAAGCUGCUACAGCUUUACGCGAUGAUCAAGCUAGCCGCCCUCGUUGACUCCCCGAACACAGACCACGAGUCGUCCUCGAUUGUGGUCAACGCCCUCGAUCCGUGUUUCUGCAAGACCGGCAUCAUCAGCGAGUCCACCGGGCUAGCCAGGAUGCUCUUCAAGAUUUUUGAGGCGAUCACUGCCCGCAGCGCCGAGGAGGGCUCCCGGCUGGUGGUCCAGACGGCCGCCGCCGGGCGCGAAACCCACGGGCGGUACAUGCGCGCCGGCGCUGUGCAGGCCUAUGCUCCGAUCGCGGCCGACGAGCAGCGGGCCACAUACGUGUGGGAUACGCUCUGCAGGAGGCUAGAGGCGAUCCAGCCUGGCAUCAUGCAGAGUCUGCGUUGA